ACACCCGUCUGGCUUUUUCCAAACGCUCUUUGGGAACACCAGCCACACACACACAAAAAAGAAAACGUUAUCGCCCUCGCAAGAUGCAUUUUCGACCGGUGGUAUACGCUGUCUGCCACGUACGAGCUUCCAGCAGUGAGUGUGCCACGUAAGAGCCAAGUGAUAUUUACUCCGUAUCUCGUCGGAUGACCAUUGCUGAGCCAAAGGCGUACGGCAGUUACUGCAGCUGGACAUCGGUGGACGUAGAUGUUAUGGUCAAUCUGAGUCACGGUAGUGCAUUUUCCCUGUUUCAGUGUUGGUUUUGUAAAUUCUGUUGUAGCUACGAAAACGAACAGGGAAACAGCACUCAGAAAGGACAAGGUGUAGCAGAACAUCUCCGGGCAUCUAUUUACCAUGACGACCUACAGUAAAAUGAGACAACUCGUCAUGGAUUUCAAUAUUUAUUGGUAUGAGGACGGCGACAUUUUCCUUGGAGUUGAUGAUCCUGGGUAACGUCCCGCAUGCCGCACACAUCAUUACCCGAUUGGGACCAGGAAUCGCCAGCGUUGGCUGGCUGUUCGACAUCGGACCAGUGAUCGCCAGUCAUUUCGUCGUCGGUGGUGGCAGGUAGUUCUUCGGAACCCAAGUCUUUCUACGACUUCCAGAAGGUUGCAACAGCCGGUCCAACGUGUCCGAAGGAUCAUCGUCGUCAUCAUUGCAUCAGUGUACAAGUAAGCAUCAUGUCUUCGUCGAUCUUGCAUAAACUUGACAAGUUAAAGAAAUGUGGAGAGUUUCAAAAAAUGGCGACAAUUCCUAAAAACAUCAAGUAUGAUGUGGUUGAUGUUAACAAAAUUGAAACGAGGUAUGGCGAGGCGGUCUACGUAGAAAUUAUGAAGGAUCACGAGCACGUAAAGGUGUUCCUUCCAGCUCGGUUUCAUAAACUAAGCACUCAAGACAUCGAAGACAUGAGGAACACGAGCGGACUCUGGAUGGAGAAGAAAGAGCGAGUUGGAAAAGACGGGAAACGUCUUCUUUCGCCAGACAUCGUGUUCGGUCAAUCCGAGUAAAAAAAUAAAAAGAAAUGGUGACAUGCCACCUUUGUCCUCCGGCCGAUCGGCAGCACUACACAACAGCGCUGGGACUUCAAGUUCAUCUGGCUAACGUUCAUAACCUUGCAACACCCUGUAUCCCAUUUUGUGAGACACUCUGUACGCUCCGCAACUAUACCAACCGCUAUGAGCUUCAUCUACAUGACAGAGACGACGACGGGCAGGAUGUCAGCACAUUCUUUCAUGAAAACGGACGCUACCUUGCCGGUGUACUUCGAUAUUUCGGAUUUCCGUUAUGCUUUUAUGUUUUGCUGAAGGCGGAACUCGGUCGACAUACGCCUGAGGAUGAGAUCAUAUUUGUCACUCAAUUUGUUCCUUCGAGUGUGCAUACGCUGUGGUCGGAACGAGACGUAGAACGUGCUGUCAUUGAAGUAGGCACUGAAGUCACCAACAAUUUAGAAAAGCUUGAAAUGCAAGGGUCAGGAUUUUUCUUAUUUCGAAUUCACGCCUGCAUUCUUCAUGUCGGUCGUCUCGCACCACAGCUCAUUGGUUGUACCGACUUUGAAUUGCCAAACGAAUUGAAAAAAAAGUGUCGGUGUCUUCUGAGUGUCGACCUUCACGAGGAUAGUGAACAGAACAUGUGUUUCGCAUUUUGCGUACUUGCCGGUCUACAUCCUGCAAAGGGUUCUUACAGACGCAGAGCUUCAUCCUACAGGUCAUACCUGUCUCAAUAUGUAUUUCCAGAGACGUUUCCUGUAGUGUUCCCGAAAGAUGUAGAAAUGUUUGAGAAGCAGAACGAUGUGAGCAUUAACGUGUACGGUUAUGACAAAGAUGAAAAAUAUGUUUACCCGAUUAAGGUUGUCGACGACCAGUGCAAGAAGCAUGUCGACCUACUGCUGAUUGACUUCCAUUUUGUACUCAUUACUAAUUUCAAUGCUUUGUUCACACCACCUGAUUAUUUUCACUGCAAACGGUGUACGAUGGGUUGCACCACCCCGGGUGUACUCGCCGAUCAUCUACUAAUGUGUAAACAACAAAAAGUGUCCAAGACUAUUUUUCCAAAGAAGGGUGAGACACUGUCGUUUGCCGGAGAGCAUUUGAUGUCGGAAGUUCCCUUCUACUGCGUAUACGACUUUGAGAGUGUACUAUCACCGUGUUCGGGAGGCGGGAAUGUCUACGAGGAACACAUCCCUUCAUCCUUCUGUCUCCUCGUCAUACGCUCGUGCGAUUCGUAUGUCUUGAAGAAACAUAUUUACCGUGGUGCAGACUGCGUUUCCGUUUUCAUGGAACUAUUGCGUAAUUUGCAUGAUGAGCUGUAUGCGAUGUUGCACGAGACCGUGCCCUUGCAAAUGACCCCAGGAGACGAACUCGAACAUUCUGAAGCCACUCACUGUAACAUCUGUAAAGAACCAUUCACUAAGAAGCAGAAAGUGCGAGACCAUGAUCACGUAAGUGGAGAAUUUCGCCAAUCAUUGUGUCAGGGAUGUAAUCUGAAACUGCGGAUACCACGGAAAGUGCCCAUCAUUGCACAUAAUGCCAAUUAUGACCUCGGAUUCACAGUAGCUCAUCUGCACCUGCUUCGGAAGACAGACAUCAGAGUGAUAGCCUCCAGUUGUCAAAAGUUUAAGGCUAUAGACAUUGGUGUGUUCCGCUUCAUAGACUCGUUAAGCUUCCUCAAUGCUAGUCUCGACACAUUGACGAAAAAUCUAUGUGACAAAGGUGAAUCUAACUUCAGGUGUCUGCGUCAGUUUUUCGCACAGGAGGACUACUUCAAGUUGGUUGUACGUAAAGGGGUUUUCUGUUAUAACUACGUUAACUCUUUUGAACGUUACGACGAGCCCUGUUUGCCAUCACGUGACCGGUUCUUUAACCAACUGAACGGAUCAGAAGUGAGCGAGGAAGAUUACCGCCAUGCGCAAAACGUGUUUGAAAAAUUUCAACUGAAGAGUCUGGGCGAGUACUCGGAUUUGUACCUUCUGACGGACGCAUUGCUUCUGGCAGACGUGUUUCAAAACUUCUGAAUAUGGGCGUUGGAGACACACAAAAUUGAACCACUUCAUUUCGUGUCACUCCCGGGACUAAGCAUGUCUUGCGCACUAAAAAUGAGCCAGAUUAAUCUGGAUUUAAUCCAUGAUCCCGAUGCCUAUCUGUUAAUUGAACGGGGCCUGCGUGGUGGUAUGACCCAGUGUUCAACGCGAAUGGCCACUGCAAAUGUCCCAGGGACAGAGCAGUACGAUCCCGAAAAACCAAAGACCAUAAUUCAUUACAUGGACAUAAAUGGACUCUAUGGCACAGUGAUGCGUGAACCACUCCCAUUCGGAGACUUUGAAUGGCUGUCACCCGAAGAGGUUGCAGGUUUAGAUGUAACCCUUGUUGCAGAUUAUGCAGACGUUGGUUAUUUUUUAGAGGUAGACCUGGCCUACGUACAAGAGCUCCACGAACGACAUAAAGAUUUACCGCUCGCGCCCGAAAAAAUGAGCGUCCCGUAUGAGUUGCUUUCGGAUUAUCAGAAAGACCUGAUGAAAAAAUUUAACCUCCCACAGCAUGAUAUAGAACCGAAAUUACUCCUUACAUUGCUUGACAAGAAGAAGUAUUUUCUUCAUUAUCGCAGUCUAAAGUUGUACCUACAGUUGGGUCUUCGGCUCGAGAAAAUUCACCGGGUGCUCAGGUUCAAACAAAAACCAUUCCUGCGAUCCUAUGUUGACUUCCAUCAUGAACUACGCAAGCAGGCAACCAAUACCUUCGAACGUAACCUGUACAAGUGUUUAAUUAACUCCGUAUAUGGGAAAACAUGUAUGAAUGUACGAAAGUUCGUCGACUGCCGCUUAGCAACUUCCGAGGAGCAAGUGUUGAGAUU